AUGGCAGCGGAGACAGCUCUCGGACAUGUCCUGCAGAGAGCCGCCGAGCUUCUCUGGUUAAAUGCGGUGCUGACGCUUCGGCUUCUGACGUAUCGGAUCCGAGGGAUGGACGAGCAGACGCCUUUCUGGCUGUAUGCAUACCUCAAGGAAGUCUUUCAGGCGUGCCCCGAAACUACUAGGAACUACUAUCCUCUACAGAUGCGCCUGUUCCUGCGGUUCGCGCCUCACCUCUUGCUGUCUUUCCUUCAAGCGGCUGACGGCGGGUACGACUCCAACGAAGCUCUGGCUGUUUGUCGAAGUUGGGCGCGGCAUUCGGGAGAGAGUGCGGGGACGCCCAGUGUCUCGCCCUCUGGCUCCUCUCCCUCGUCGCUUUUCCUGUCGCUCGACUCUGCGUCGCCCUGCCAGCCUCCGGCGCUUCUCCACUGCAAAGCGUUUCUUCUCGGGCUUCUCGGCCAAUACAGCGAGGCGCUUCAUCUCCUCAUCGAUGACCUGGCCGACAUCCCAGCCGCUGUUGCCCUCGCGUGGGAAAGCGCAAACCCGCGCGUCUGGGAAAUGCUCGUUGAAGGCGUCGUCCAGAGACCGUGCUUCAUCCUAGAACUGCUGUCGGCGCUAGAGAACCACUUGGCGGCCUUCGCAGCGUACAGGCGAGACAAACUGCCGUGCUGGGAUGAGGCGCUGGGCGCCGCGGCUCUUCGCGGCCGAUCUGAGAGCUCGGGAGACGGCGAAUCCGCGACGCUCUGUGAAGACUCCGCGUUGCCCUCAGAGGCCAAGGUGCAAAAUGGGGACUGGGGCCCGCCCGUGUCUCCGCACGCUGCUGAGAUUGGCAGUUUCAAGGGCACACCAGAGGAUGUGUCCCUUCCCGAAGGCCUCCGUUCGGACAAGGGCCGUUCGUCACCUGGCUCUCCUGUCGCUUCAGAGUCUGCGUCGCCUGGGCCGCGAGGAAAUGGCGCGAUUCGCGAGCCUCCGCGCCCGCAGCCAUUUGACGGGAACGACCGCGCAGCGAGGCCUGACUCGGAUCCCACGCGGGGUCAGGUCUCGUCGCUCUUUGCAUUUUCCGCGAAGAAACGCCGGGUGACUGUAGAAGGCAUCGCAGCGGAAGUCGCAGCGCGAGCGGCGGCGGCUGUUCCCCCUCUGGAGCCUCUGAAGCGUCUCCCGUCGCAUGCGCCGCGUCUGGCCCCGCGUCUCGAGAGGCGUGUGGUGGUGCUCUUCCAUCAGCGAGAACCGCGCGAUGAGUUCGGGAAGCUGCAGAACAGUGCCAAGAAGAGGAUUUGCGCGAAUUGA